UAUCCGCCAUAUUGAAAGUUUUAAAGUGGGAAGUCGGUCAAGCGUUGACCUUAUUUGUUAUUUCUAUUUAUUGUGCUACCAUAUUUAUUGCCUGAGCCAUUAAAAAAAAGUGUUACAUAUUUAGUGAUUUAUUUGGUGUGAUUUGGAGUAUAACAAAAGCGAUUUUGCAAUUUUGCAAUUCGCUUAUUGAAUACGUCACAGCGCCAUGUUGUAUUCCUGCGCUGAUUGCAGGCACGAGAAAUCUGCCAACCCGUUUAUUUUCCGGGAUUAGUUCCCGAGAAUAAAUCGAACUGCGAUUUUGUACUCAAAUAUAUUUUAAUUUAUAUUUGUUGGCAAAUGUAUUACAACUUUAGUGGAAUCGAUGCAUCCCUGUUGUCGCAUUUCGAGUGCUAACUCCUAAUACUAACUGCAGUUUUGUGCAUCCGCGAAAGUUGAAAGGACUGUGUUGUAAAAGAAAGAAGUGAUAAUUAGCCAAAAUUCCGGUCCCUACGCGCAGACGAGAAGGUGCCUACCCGCCGGGGCAGUCGGGCGAAGACAUGAACAACAAACGCAAAAAUCGCCAAGGACCGCCGAGGUCGCCGCGGGGCCGCGUGGUGGCGGAGGGCGUGUACAACAACGCUCACUUCAUGCACGCAGCGACGUCACACGUGGGCGACAUUGUGCAGGUCCUCACGCAGUCCGGCAGCCUCUGGGAGGGCGUGUUCAAGACAUUCAGUGCUCAGUUUGAGGUGGUACUAGAAGUGGCGCAUCGCGUGGACCAGGAGGGCGGGGUGGCGGUGGACUCCGUCGUCGAGAAGCUGAUCUUCAAGCCCCAGGACGUGGUCUCCAUACGCGCCAAGGACUCCGACCUUGAAUACGCGACGCACGAUGUGUUCCAGACGGACAGCGCGAUAUCUAGCAAGUUUAAUGGAACAGUAUUUGGUCCAGGCAACGGACGGUCGGCUGAGGAGCGCCACCUGGAGCCGUGGGACGGCUGCGAGGCAGACGCGGGCGACGCGCCCUCGCUGAACGGCGACGCGCGCCUCGAGGAGCUCGAGCUCGACCACCGCGCCAACGGCUGGGACGCCAACGACAUGUUCCGCAAGAACGAGGAGGUGUACGGCGUGCACAGCACCUACGACCACUCGCUCACCGGCUACACGCUGCCGCUGCAGAGGAAGGACACGCAGGACUAUAGAGAUGCAGAAGCAAAGGCGGAAGAGAUCGCAGCGGAAAUAGAGAGCGCCGCGACGUACAAGGCUCGCAUCGAGCUCGAGAAUGGAGACGAGGAGGAAAGGUUCGCGGCCGUGGUGCGUCCGCAGGAGGGCAGCUCCGCCGGCAAAUACGUCAUACCCAACAAGAGAAAAAAUAUACAGACGGGCAAAUUAGUAAAGCCCACUACAGGCAACGGCAACAACGGUGGCUCGCCGGGCAGCGCGAGUGGCGCGGCGGGCGCGGGCGCCUCCGGGGCGCAGGGCAAGGCGCCGCCGCCCCCCGCAGCCACCCCGCCCGCCAGCGCGCCCCCCGCCGGCGUCUCCCCCGCGCCGCACACGCCGCACGCGCCGCACGCACAGCACACACCGCACGCGCCGCACACGCCGCACGCACCGCACGCGCCGCUGCCCUACCCGCCGCACGCCGCGCACGCGCCGCCCGCCGCACAGCACGCGCAGCCAGCCAAGGACAAGGAGCACAGACUCACGCGGCCGCAUCUCACGCCGCCAUCCGACAGGAGGCAGGAUGACUCCGGGAUGGCAGCCGGUUCCAGCGGAUCGAGCAGCUCGGCCACGUCCAGCAGCUCUACCACAGGAGGCAAGAGCUACGCGGCGCAGGCGGGCGGAUACCACGUACCACCAUUCCCGCACCACCACCAUCCCGGCGCGUCGGGCGGCGGCAAGGUAAACGGCGAGGGCCGAGCGCCGCCACACCCGAGGCACACCUUCCCACAGCAACAGCACCACCACAACCCACCGCCACAGCCAGAGAAUCAUACGCGGCCACCGCGCCACCACGUGCCUCCGGAGCCGAGGAGACAGGACGAAGUGCAGGAGUUGCGCAAGUUCGGCGCAGAGUUCAAGCUGGUGUCGUCGCCCGCGCCGCCGCACGCGCAGCACGCGCACGCGCAGCACGCACCGCACGCGCCGCCGCCCGCGCACGUGCCGCUACAGAACAACCCGCAGCCACAGGCAUGCCGCGCGAACAGCCCACCCGAGGUUUCGGCCAACGGUGGUGCGCCUUCAGACCCGCUGCGGCCUCAUCACAAGCCGCCGCUGGCGCCGAAGAGCGAGCCGGCGGAGGAGCGGCCGAGCGGCGUGGCGUCGCCGCCGUCGCCCGCGUCCCCCGCCUCGCCCGCCGCCGACCGCGCCGCCGUCACCCUCAAGAAGUCCACGCUCAACCCCAACGCGAAGGAGUUCAACCCCGCCGCCAAGCCCUUCACACCGCGCAGCCCUUCCACACCCAAUCCCAGCAGACCACACACGCCAGGCACGCCGUCGGGUAUGGGCGUGGGUGUGGGCGGAGUGGGCGUGGGGGUGAGCGGCGUCGGCGUGGGCCUCGGCGGCGUCAGCGUGAUGGGCCCCGGCGUCAGCUACGUGCCCGCGCCACACCCGCCGCCGCCACACAUGGUCGCCGCCGUCCCAUACAUGGUUGCAGCUACACCACAACAACCGCCCGCGUACCUGCCACAUCCACACGCAGCGAUGGAGAUGGGGUGCGAUUGUCGCCAGUACGGGCCGCCGAUAUUCGUGCUGCCGGACAAACGGGACCGACCCGACGCGUUGGCGUACGGUGCCGCCAUGGGAGGUGGCGCUGGCGUCGCUGGAGUGGCCGGUGGGGCCGGACAACACGCGCCCUUACCGGCACAACCACAGAGGAACUUCAGAAAAGGCAUGCAGGUGGCGGCGGCGACGGGCCAGCCGCUACUUGCGCCGGCGCCGAUGCAGCCGUUCGUGCAGUACGGACACCCGCACGCGCCGCCGCACGCCGCGCACGCUGCGCACGCCGCGCACGCCGCGCACGCCGCACACGCCGCGCACGCCGCGCAGCCCUACCAGCACAUGGUGCGCAUGUACCACAGCGGCGGCGUGGGCGCAGUGGGCGCGGUGGGAGCGGUGGGCGGCAUGUCGGCGGUGGGCGGCGCGGGCGUGGGCGGCGAGGUGGCGGGGUACGCGCCGCCGCCCGCGCCCUCGCCCGCCGCCGCCUCGCCCGCGCUGUACCCGCCGCCGUCGCCCGCGCACACGCCGCACCCGCACCCGCACCAGCUCACGCACCCGCACCACCACUACCAGCAGCAGUUCCCGAUGCUGUGCCCACUGAUGGGCCCCGCAGCCGGCGGCAGUCACCACCAUCACCACCACCACCUGACGUACGUGAACCACGCGUCCCCGCCGGAGCCGCACCCCCACACCGUACAGGUACCAUACCUGCAGUGACUCGUUGUGACACACCAACAUCGAAUAUACAUUAACCGUCGGACGUCGCGACGGUACCUGUGUUAACGACUGACAAUGCUUUCUCGGUUAAGUGUAUUGUAAUAUAAUGACGUAUGUAUGUGCGCUAUAAUGCUUUGGUGGACGGGACGCGCGGGACGUGGUACAGCGCGCCCGACGUAUCCAGUUUAUCCCCCUACUUCCCUUUCCGAACGGUGUUGUUGGUACCGAUGUGAUUCCGGGACAGCGGCCCGUGUGUAUUUUCGUCUGCAAUCUAUCGAUUGUAUUGGACGAAAAUUUUAAUCGAUUAAUAAAAUCGAUUCACGUUCAGGACUGGCCGGAUUCGAGUCUCGCCAUGUUGUCUAGCGUGUGUUGUGCCUAGCUUGCUUCAAAUGCUUUAUAGAGAUUAUCGAUAAUGUCCGUUUGGCAAUCAUUCCCAUUUAUAGACUUCUUUAACUCUGUUCGAGUUAGUAGGCACUGACCUUUUUAGUUGUAAACAUUUUUAAUCGAUUUUAAUUGAUGUACGCUGAAGUUCUGGCCGUUUCUUAGGUGUUAGAGCGAGACGGAGUAUAAAGGCCCAAAAUCGGCAAAAAUAAAAA